CCGGCGGUCGCGGCCGUCGUCGACAUCGAAGGACGUCGGCAGUCAGUAGCGAGCCGCGGUUCUGAUCUCGUCGUCACACUCGGCUCGUACUCCGAGCUCGCCGGCAGCAUCGGCACGAACGUCGGUUCCUGCGUCGGUUCUCUCCUCGCGAAGUUCGCACUCCAGACGGACGACGCGACCCAGUGUCGCUCGCGGACGCGCGAGCCGACGACGCGAAGCGUGAGAGAGAGAGAGAGAGAGAGAGAGAGACGCGAGCGCGCGGGCGCGCGCGCGCGCUCGCUCACUUUCGGAUGUACGCAAAGUCGGCGGCGGUGUGGUGAGUGAAACGGAUUUUUGUGCCACCGACGGAGCUCUCUCACAGAGGGAGGCGGAGAGGAGGGAAAGGACACAAGAGGCGGCACGCGCGCACGCACACGCACGAGAGAGCAGCCUCGAGAUCCAGUCGCGCACCCACGGCCCUUCGCCCCCGCGGGAACUCGUGACUAACUUGCGAGUCGCAAGAGUGGAUUCGGAGCAUGUAACGAGGCGGAUGGGGUGAUGUAUUAAUCGAGAUAAAUCGUUCAACUGCGGAUGGAGAGAGCGGCCCGAUAAAUUCGAAGAUGAAUUGGCCACUGGUGCUGACUUGCUUUUUGCUGCCGCAGUCGUGCAUUCUCGGCGCAUCGCGUGCAGGCUGCACGUUCCCGGAGGAGUGGUACGGCCGGUGGUUCCAAUCGGGGAAUCAGGGUCUGGUGACCGUGAACGGCUCCAUCAUCACCAGCAAGGGCCAGUGCAUCGAGAAAAAUGGCGACAAGUUCCUCGUUCACGACGCGAAGGACAAAUGCUACCGAUGCAUCGUGAUGCACGCGCAACACACGAACGUGCUGCAAUACAAAGAAACUUAUUGCACGAACGAGUCGCCGGAGCCGAGUCUGCUGUCCAAGUGCAGCCUGUUGACCAGCGACGCCACUCUGGUCUCCCUGUUUCGCACCGGUGCGGCACCGCUGCCUUGUCCCAUUAAGGGCCCCUUGGAGUUCACCUACAGCCAGGGCGAGGGCGAGUGCAAUUCGCCGCGGUCACGGGCGGAAGCGUGCACGCAGGAGUCGCGGCUGCUCCUGCGCUAUCAAGCGUGCGCCAACGUUCAUUCGUCUGAAAGCGUCGACGUAGAAUUGGAGUGUCUGGCUCAUUGGAGGGAGGGCAGCACAAAUUACAUGGUCGCGCGUUUGCACAGCGAUCGUAAAACAAACGACGAGGAGAGCUACAGAUGCUUUAUUUACACAAAUCCAUCGAACAACACGUGGUACCUGGCCCAGAGCUCGGACGCCGCCUGCAACGGAUUGAUCAGCGUCCACGAGGCCGCCAGGACGUUCAAGAUGACGCAAAAAGAGCCACCGCAGCAUUGCACGUAUCCGUCCUGGGUGGUGGCCGGUAAAUCGUGGGUGGCUUUGGAUCGAAUGGCCUCCCGCCUGCUGGCGUCGUCUUACAACCUCACGAUCCUCGACCGGAACGAGACCCGCCUUGUUUGCCAUUCGGCUGUCUCCAUCGAUGAUCAUCGUCAUCAUCAUUCCAUAGCGAUCGAUCGGGAGAACCAACGGCAGUUCGUCGCGAAGGCGACGCGAGAUUGCAAGAACGGAUACGUGUGCAUCAUGUUCCACAGGAGGGACGAGCACGUGAUAGAGAUGCAACUCUCGGAAUGGGGCCAGCAGUCUGACGAUAUAUGCAACUCGAGCACGUUCAACUCGCACUCGAUGCCGUACACGACGUUCAUCACAUCCGACCCGAUGACCCGGCAGUGCCCCAAUCUCGGCCGCUACGAGAUCGUGUCGCUGUUCCGGCCGCCGAAUGCCGACAACGUCGAGGAUAUAUUGGCCGUCGACGGCGAGCAGAACGUUGCCAACGCGGCGGAGGUGCACGACGUCCGAAUGCCUUCCACGCCGUUCCCGAGGCAGUGCCAUCACGGCAGCGUACGUAGAUUGGACAUCGGCUGCAGGACGCCCGAUCGCAUGGAGUUCGCCACGUCUUGCAGCGACGAGGCGUUAUCCGAAUACUUAUGCCACGGAACUUGGGUCGAGAACGACACCGCUUACUUGGUGGCUAGCACCGACGUCGGACGUUACUGCCUCGUUUACAGCGCGUCCGCCGCGACGACAGGAAGUCGUGAACUCUCGGUGACGGGCCAUCUCGCUUCCUGUCCGAGAGCCUCUCAUCGCCAUCCAGUCUCGUGGCAGGUUAACCUCACGUCGUACGCUCAAUGCGGUGACAUCUCGUCGGCGACUACGUGGGCGCUCCGGAUGCCGGCGUCCCUCUUCAACGUCAUCUUCAUCGGCGCGUUCUUCGCCAGGUACAUCGCGAGGUGAUGGCACUGAGCCGAGACGCGCCACGCACCGGCGGCCGCGACUGUAUAGUUGAAAAGGAAAGGAAAGAACAAAAAAAAAAUACAGAGACUCUUUUGGCGAUAUUGCGUUCGUGGUGAUAAUACAUAAAACCUUCUUGGCGGCUUGGGGCGGCAGGGGGAGUCGACGUAAACUAAUAAUCAAUCGUAGGACGUAAGCGAGCGCGAGUGGCGGGCGAGGAGUGGACUAGGAGACUAACAGAGACAGGUCGGGAAUGGGUAGAGGUGUAUACAUAUUAGAGAUGCAUGUGCCAGCCCCGCGAAUGUGGCAGAGUCGAGUGUGCGCGUUAGCGAGGCUUUCACGAGUGUACAUAAAAAUCGAUGCAUCCGCGAAACACGAUCUCCUCGGGCUGGUCUUGUCGGGCCGAGCGAUCGGUCGCUCGAGAUGACGACGCGAUAUUGCCGCGGGUAACGAGGAGCGCUCCACGCUCAACAUCUCCUAAUAACCACGAUCAACGGAACGAGAAGAGAGUUGUCUCGUUGUAUGAAAAUAAAAACAAGUAUUAAGCAAGAUUAUCCUGUACAACGUUAUCCUUUCGUGAAACGCGUUCAUACGCACGCGCACGCACACACGCACACGAAUUCCCCGCAUUAUCGCGCGCAACGAUAUUGUUUAAUAAAUGCUAAUUAAAAGGGAGAUUUGGGAGAAAAAGCGAGAGAGAGAGAGAGAGAGAGAGAGAGAGCGAAAAAGGGAGAGAGAGAGAGAGAGAAGAAGAGGGAGAGCAAAUUCAAUGCUGCGAAAUGUAAUUUCGUACAGCAGCUGCAAAAUAGCCCCUCUCCCUCUGUCGUUCCACUCUUGUUAAUAAUUGCAAUUACAGAAAUUAUCCCGCCACGGAUAGAGCCUCGAGCAGUGCGCGCGAGUGUGCGCGCGUGCGCGAGCGUAGAUGUGUCGCGAAUUUCUGUUCUCUUUAAAUAAGCGUCGCUUAUUGCAUUCGUGAGUAUCCGAGUAGCUCGUUACAUCUCCUUCGUGUUUUUCUCUCGAGGAGACGCGAACAGCUCGAAGCGAGAACGUGUUACGUGGUGGAUGUCUUCGUAGAUAGAGCGAGAGCGAGAGCGAGAGAGAGAGAGAGCGAGAGAGAGAGAGAGAGAGAGAGAGAGAGAGAGAGAGAGAGAGAGAGUCGGCGUGGAUUUGCGUUACUGUAUAACGGCGUACGUUUGCCUUUGAAGAUGCGAGAAACCCGACGACGACGACGACGGCGACGGCGACGGCGACGGCGACGAUUUAUUGACGCAAACAUGGAGAGUUGCGUCUCUCGCGCGAAAAAAGCCCGCACCGAGGCCGCGACCGGAAGUAAUGGACGCGCCACAUCGGUGCGACACACUUCCAAUUUGUGCAUUUAUCUUUUGUCGGCGCUUUCUCGUAACGAGACUUCAUACGCGCGCGCGCAAUGCGCAUUUAUUUGUUGCACGUGUUGUCACGUCCAAUACGCGGGAUGACCCACUUUUGUCGCGUCGCGACUUUUUAACGACAGUUUCUUCGGCCAGUUUGGGACUGAAUUUCCUUCGGCGGCAAUGUCGACGGACUGAUUAAUAACGUUCAAAUAUUAUACGCGAUCGAGUAUAAAGAACGGCUUUCCGAGCCAAUCGAGCCGACACCGAAACUACGCUCUUCGUGUAAUCUCAGGUGCGGCGCACGCUCGGAUGAAGUUUUAACUCGAGACGUAGCGCGAAGACGCGGAAUAUUAAAAAUCAAGCGACUGCAAAAGCACACGGGAACUUGCCUCGACAUUUUCGCCGGAGGAAAAAUCGCCGGCUAAUUGCCCGGCGGAUCUGCCGGUGCAAAAUAAUUCGGUAGAAAGCGCAAGACGCCCGGUCUCUGUAAAUUUACAUCAAAGCUCGCGUAAUUUCUCAAUGUCCAAAUUAGAUAUUCACCUUGAAUUUCCGUCUGUUUCAAUCCUUCAACUCUUCGACCUUCCUAAACCGUCGAUCAUUUCGUCCUUCAACUGCGCGUCCCCUGUCGAGUCGAGGACGGCGAAAUUCCCCUCGGUUUCAUCUCUCCGCACACGCACGCUGCCGUCCGUCAAUUCGAACAACGCUCGACGAAGCGUCAGCGUUAGCGUGCGAAAACUACGAGUCGCGAAGACGACGAGGGGCUUUGUCGAGGCAACGCACCUCGUCGACGAUAUUUGCUGUGAAUGGGAGCUUUCGACGAACAUCGCUCUUUACCAGGGAAUAUACAGCGGAGAAAGCACGCGCGCGCGCGACCAUAAAACAAUGAAAGAUCACACGGUCGAAACUAAUGGACGGUAAUGCGUGCGUACGAGCUUCCAUUAGGAAGGGAAUACUUGCGUGCAAAAUUGAUACAGCCUGAUUUCGCUCGAUGUAAUGCAAGUCCCCUGCGCUUGUACUAGUCGUUGCGUGAGAGACGAUGUAAUAAUAAUAAAGAAAAAAAAAAAAAAUAACAAGGGUGCUGGGGCCAAUAUUAUAUUGAAAUGAGUGUUGAACGUAGGAUCGAGAGGGAGUGAAAGCGCGAGCGGGGGAGCGAUAGAGAGGGAGCGAUAGACCUAUAUAAGAGCGCUUAGUUAAUUAGAGGAAGCCCGCAGCCUCUGCCACAUUCGCCGGAUUGCGCUCGGCGCCUGCGAGCGUCCGAUACGCGCGAAAUCGUGUAUUUAUUUAGGGAAGAAUAAGAUAAUCGCCACGUCCACAAAACUUGUAAUUAUACGCAUUUCCGUUGAAAGCCUCGUGGCGCGCGACGCGCUCUUUCCGCCUGCUGAAGAGAGACGGCGAACGAGACGGCGCUGUGUAAAAAGGGGAAGAACGGUGGUGUUAAGGGGGAACGGGGGAGGAGGGAGAGAAGAAAUCACCGAACGAUUAUUAUUGUAAUUACCGCUACUAUCGCUACAUUAGUAACACUUGAGGCAGGAUCGUGGACGAGACGUGGACGACUCGCUCGCUCCGGGAAAAAGAAGAAAAAAGAAAAGGAUAUUUCUCGCUUUCUUUUGUACUCCUCGCGGCAGAGGACAACUGUCGAAGCAAGCCCGUUUAUAGUCCGUAAGUUCUAUUGUAAAAAAGCAAAAAAAAGGGGGGGGGAGGGAAAGAGGAGAGAAAAGAAACGUCACACCGAGACCCGCCAGCAGGUUGGACUUCGAUCCUCGCGCGAUCACACGCGCGCGAGUUCGAUACCGACUGUACGCCACUUGAAAGCCUCCGCGGAGUGCUCGGGCAAAACCUCGGCCGUCGGACUCGUAACGCGAUGCGAAAACGCGCCAGCGAGAGGACUCGAGAUGAUAAUGACACGCCAAAUAGAAUAUCACUGCCACGGAUUGAUAUUCCCCUUCGGGGCUGUGAAAUGUGCAAACCACCACCACCACCACCACCACCCGCGAGAGCAUCGCCAGUGCACGCCGGCGGGACAUUUUGAUAUUAGCGAUAUACAAAUUUCAUCGAAAUUCGAUGGGGAAACUCCGAAACCGACAUAAAUUCCCGGAGACUUUCGCUCGAGGCCGCGCGUUGACAUCCGGUCGAGUUCGAUCCAAUCGGGACUCGACCGUUUGAUAAUUUCACUCCUGACGAUACCGAUCGCGCGACGUCCACACACGGGGGAUGUUUCCAAUUUUCUGUUAACGUUACUCGAUCUAAUCGUCGAACGAUCGUGACGGGAGAUCGUUGCAAUACAACAUAUCGCUGUCGGGGAGGGCGAAGGGGCAGUAGGAGAAAAUUAGGCUGCACGCGAUAACGAUGAAUAACGCUCAGGCUUCCCCGAGACUUUCUCCGAAAAUAGAUUGAACGUCCUUUAUUCCGUACUCUGAGACUUCCCAGUAUGACCUUCGAGAGAUUAGAAUGACGGAUUUUCGCGAGAGAGUUUCCGAUAUGCAUCAAAUAGGGAUUGUCGUUUAUUCUGCGCGAUCUUACAAAGGAAGGGAGAGAAAAGAAGGGGGAGAGAAAAGAUUCGGUCGCGUGACGCGAUUCUCUUGCAGAAACCGAAACGUCGCGUCGAUCGGCUAUACAUAUUUUUUAUCCCAGCUAUUUU